AGUUCCUCUCAUGCCUACUACUGGACGGCAAAGGGAGCAUCGCUCCGCGGACGGUACAUUACGACGGUUUGAUAAGAAGACUAUGCGAUGGGAAGUGGUGAUAGAGGAAUCACAUGAUGGCGCUGUAACGACACCAGCAGCGCCGCUGCUGGCCCUUCCCGGUAAGCAGUAUCCACUGAAAUUCGAUGGCAGCGACUUUCAAAUCAACGGUAAAUUCAUUCGUCUACCUAAUGGGGAGGCGUGCCGACGCAAUCCUCGAGAUCAGCAGGACGCCGACACAGCCGACUCGGUCUGGGACAGCUCAGUUGUGCUCGCCAAACUGUUAGAGCAUAGUCCGCACUUAGUACGUGGCAAACGCGUGCUCGAGCUUGGAAGUGGUACUGGCCUGGGAGGUAUCUCCGCUGCUUUAUGCGGCGCUCGAGAAGUGACACUAACUGAUCUGCCUUAUGCCAUGCCGUUAUUGCGAGAAAGCAUCGAUCUCAAUUGCGUAGCGGACACCGUAAAAGCGGACGUCCUAGACUGGUCCAACCCUCCAGCUGAGGACAUUACAUCGAAGUUCGACAUUGUUAUUGCUUCCGACGUCAUCUGGCUUGAGGCCCUGGUCCCCUCGCUCGCUGAUGUAAUAGCUGACAAGAGGCUCCUUCCCUUCCUCAUGGUCCACCAAACGCGGAGCCUCCGAUGUGACCAACUCUUUGAAGAUCUUUUGAAGUCUCGCGGCCUCCGCCUCACUACAUUGGACGAUCGGAUUAAACAUCCGGAGUUUCUCGGUGAAUUAUUUCAUAUCAGAGCGUUCCUCGUUGAUAUUGAUCGUGAUGGCACUUAG